AUGGCAUCUUCUCAUGCCUCUUCCCACUCACAAUCCUCCACCCAGCCUUCGACUCCUUCGACUCUGGAAUUACCCCCCGAGACGAUGGGUUCGGAGCCUGUCCUGGUCAAAGAGGGCAGUUCUUGGGUGCUCUAUGUCACCGACAAGGCACCAAACCCCGACUCUAUUCCUGACCUUCAAUGGGACCAGUGUUCGACCAUCAUUGUGCGAAUCAAUCCAUUGCCAGACACACCUCCAGGGGCCGAAUACCCCAUGAUAAACUUCAACCACGCCCCAAUCAGCCUGGCAAACCUGGUCGAGCGAGUUGGACAAAUUUCUGCCCUGAUGAGGAGCAAGCUGCAAGAUGAUAUCAACGCAGGCCAAAAGACAGUUCAAGUUGUUUUUGGGGAAUGUUAG